AUGAGUCAAAACAAUCGAAAGGGAAAAGGAAAGGGCAGAGGUGGACAACCAGGUUCGGGCGACAAUUCUCACAACAAUCCUUCAAAUGGUGGUCGACCACAAUAUAUGACAGUUGGUCCUGGAAGUGCACCGGAAAGUGCUGCGAGACUACAGGCACUUCUCGACAGCGAUUCCGGGUAUGGAGGCAGUGUGGCCGGCGAUGGCUCCAAUGGAUUUCCUUCAUGGAAUCCCACACUGACCGAGGAUAGGCCUACAGCUCAACCAUCAUCUCCCCUUCCUAGAGGACUAUCGAACGAAGCUUCCGAGAACGAGAGACGAUCGCAGGCAAAUGCAAUACAUCAACUAUGGUACAACCAACAUCGUGUUACUCUUGGCAGAUCAAUCAACCGUGUGGUGGAAACUUUGAAGUCGUUGCAGGAAAUGAACGCACAAUGGCCAGCGAUUUACCCCUCAGUUCAACGUGAUGACCCUCCGACACACCGACAGGAUCCACGGCCAGGCUUGGUACACACACAAACUGGUAUUAGCUCUUCAAGUCCUGAACAUCGUCCUGGACAAAUGCGACGUGCUAUGACGUCUAUUGGUGAGAGUAGUAGCCAUGCAGAGUCAAGUCAAGCGACGGAACCAAAAGCAACUCCGGAACCUCGACUCGUAACCCCACAGAUCGCACAGGAGUUCUCUAUAUUGAAGUUAGAUUUGAAACUGGGAGCUUUGCAUCAAACCGAGUUGGUACAUUCUUUGGAAAAGGCUUCGAUCGCAUCUCUACUUGACGGAAAAAUUAGUUCGAGCAUCAACCAUCUACUUUCACUACGAGAACGUAUCGAAGACUCGUCGAGCAAGGUAUUGGUAACGGGAGAUUUGAACACUGGUAAAUCGACAUUCUGCAAUGCACUUCUGCGAAGGAAGAUCUUACCAGAGGAUCAACAACCUUGUACAAGCAUAUUCUGCGAGGUUUUGGAUGCGAGGGAAAAUGGAGGAAUUGAGGAAGUGCACGCAGUACACAAGGAAACCACCUACGAUAGACAUGAUGAAAGUACUUAUGACGUUUACACGAUCCAAGACCUGGAACAAUUGGUUCUUGAUAACGAUACCUACACUCAAUGCAAGGUCUACGUAAAGGAUGUGCGCACGAUCGAUGAGUCUUUACUUAACAAUGGAGUGGUGGAUAUUGCGAUCAUUGAUGCGCCCGGUCUCAACUUAGAUACUACGAAAACGACUGCCGUGUUUGCUCGACAGGAAGAAAUUGAUGUCGUUGUAUUUGUUGUCUCGGCAGCUAAUCACUUCACACAGACUGCGCGAGAAUUCAUCUGGGCAGCAGCAGCAGAAAAGGCAUACAUAUUCAUGGUUGUUAAUGGAUAUGACAAUAUCCGCGAUAAGGAACGAUGCCAGAAGAUGAUCUUGGAGCAAAUUCAAGGUUUGAGUCCUAGAACCUUUAAGGAAUCCUCGGAACUCGUUCAUUUCGUAUCAAGUAAUGCCAUUCCUACGGCUGCACUUGGUCCUCCUGGUCCCCCAGGCGGAAGUGGCGGUGGGAGCGGUAGCUCUAGCGGAGGUGGAGGUGGAGGUGGAGGUGAUGGACCAGACUUCGACGACGGCUCAGAUCCAAAAGGAAAGGGCAAAGGCAAGGAUAAAGAAAAGAUUAGGGAUUUCGAGAUUCUCGAACAAUCACUGCGUCGAUUCGUUCUCGAGAAGCGUGCUAGAUCCAAGUUGGCACCAGCCAAGACUUACUUGCUUAAUGUCCUAAGUGAUAUUCAAAGUCUAGCCACAGUCAACUCAGAGGUUGCACAAUCCGAACUGGAUCGUGUUUCAAAAGAACUGGCUGAUCUAGAACCAAUGCUCGAGGCUUCUCAAAAGGCGAAGGCUGAAGUGAGCGAUGAUAUUGAUCGAACUAUCGAAGCGACAUGCAAGAGUAUUUACGACUACACUCGCUCGACGCUCAACGAUACGAUAGCAAGAACAGCUGACGGUGAUCUUGGAAUCCCAUAUCCAGGUUUGUUCGGCGCUUUCCAAUAUGCGGAUGAUAUCAAGGAGGCCAUUAUGUCCGAAAUCUCUGCUACUGUUUCAGCCUGCGAAGAACAUGCACGUCGUAAGACAGUCGAUGGUGUAUCACAAAUCAAGCAAUUAGGUAUCUUACAUCUUGGUGAUGAGUAUACAGACUUGAGCUUCAGAAGCGACAUCAUGUUCAAACGCAAGCGUGAUAUUCUUGCCAAGAACCUUGACAUUGAGACUGAAAUAUGGGAUUUCUUCGAUUUCUCUACUCUACUUCAACGACAGGAAAAGAUGGCUGGAACUGGUAUGGCGAUGACUAUCGCGACGGUUGUCGGUAGUCGUGCGAUUGGUGGUUUCGGAUGGGUCGAUGGUGCUAUGUCUGCCGCAAAGAUCAUGGGUAACAACAACUUGCGCAGAAUGGUCGUGCCAGGAAUCAUCGCAGGAGUUAUUGCCGUCGGCUACUACGUCUUGGCCCAGAUCCCUCAAUCACUUCCUCAUCGUCUUUCCUCCAAGAUCUCUUCUCAGCUAACCGCCCUCGAUUAUGUACACUCCAACAGUGACCGUGUCUCAUCAUCAGUCCGCAAGGUCCUUCGAUUCCCUGCAGACAACCUUCGUGUUGGUCUUCAACGUUCAGUUGAACAACUCGGAACCAAGCGUGAGGAGACCAGAAAGAUUAGAGGCGAAAGCGAAGUUGCCAGAAAAUACUUUGGAAACUUGGUCAAUAAAAGUACGGAGAUCAGGAACAAUGUUGAGAGUGUGGAUUUGGAGGGACCAGCCCCAGGAGUGGCGGCUGCAUAUGAUGCUUAG